CUGCCAAAUGAGCGAUGGUUCCACGGGAUUCGUGCGUGCCAGUCCUUAGUGGAACUAGGACCCAGACGCUUGAUUGUGUGGCUGGUCUGCUUUAUUCAAAUAAACCAACACUUAUUCAAUAUGAGUCAUCAUUUGCAUGGAACAAGGACUGUGAACUAUGUUCGAAAGUUUGUACUGGAACUUGAACCCAGCGUGUGACUGCCCUGACACUUUGGAACAUUAAAAUCAAUCAGUUAUGGCUGAAACCUUGACUGAGGAUGAGGCCAUACCUCUUCGGCCACAAAUUCCAAGAUCACGGCCGCUGCCUAAACAGAGAACAAUGAGUCUUGGAGACAUAGGUUUGAGCUCGGGAACGGGGCUGAGAAGAGAUCGAAAUAAAACCCAAAGCAGUCGAUUCUUCCGAAGAAAGCUUGAUCAUCACAGUGAUGCCAUUCAGGAGGAGGAGUUGGAAAUCGUGGAGGAGACCACGAACUCUACGAGUGCCAUGAUCUUCCGUAAUGAAUUGUAUCCUGGCGAGCACGAGCACCAACCCUCCAGACACCGAGGCAGCCUUGACACCAACCUUGACCAGCAGUCGGGCGGAAGUGAGAGCUUUUGUACCAGAAAUAAACUGGAGCGAGGAACGUUGAGUGCCUUUAAGCGUCAGGCUCGAACCAUUCUUGAGCGUGAUUUACCCCAUGUCACGCACACAGGCAAUAUCAUCCGAGUCUGGAACAACCAUCGAAAUGAAAAUAGCCUCUUGGUUGUGCCCGCCAACAAGAAAUCAUGGCUUUCCUUCUGUUGCAUGAACGAAAAAUUCAAAUACUACUUUCAGCAUCCGUACCUAAGACUUGGCGCGUGUUUCUUGGUCAUUCUGUGCAAUUUUCUCAUUUUCGCAGAAGAUCCUCUGUCUCACAGCAAACAAGAAGCCGAUAUCCCAGUGAUUGGAAAUGUAUUCAGCUUCAUGUUUACCAAAUAUCCACCUGAUUGGCGAUGGGGGUUCCUAAAGGUAUCAUUGUGGAUUUUAGCCAUCCUCUGUGGCUUAAUCCUCGGCAAGACCUUGAUCCAUGGCAUGAUAUUGAGCCAUUUUCUUCGCCUUAAGAUGUUUAGAGCCAAUCAGGGCUCAUGGAUGGUUCAGUUUGGAACGGUGAUUGUGUCCUUGUUCCUCUUUUCCCAUGCGUACAAUGUAUUCUUAGUUUUGACCUUCCCAAAUGCCAAACAACUCACGAUCAACUCUCAAAUGGGGCUCACUUUUUCCAGCGUUAUGAAAGCAGCCGCUUGUGGAACGUGGCUAGGAGACCUUCUCACGGCUUUGAUAAUAACCGAUAUGAUGCUUCAAGACAACUUGUACCCUUACUGGGCACCUGUCGUCAGGAAAUAUUAUCAAAGUUACAUGUGGCCUCGCAUCCUCAUAUUUUGGAUAGUUUCCACAGUGUCCACUACGGCUGUGAUCACUGUUAUUGCCACCGACUGGAUCACAUGGGAUCGACUUAAUCGGGAUUUUUUCGCCACUACGGAGCUUUCUCGCGCAUUCCUGGCCUCGUCAGUUUUAGUUUUGGAUUUGAUCAUUGUUAUGCAGGAUUGGGAUUUCCCUCAUUUCACUAAUACGUUGGAUGUGAACUUGCCGGGAUAUCAUAAGCAUCAGUUGAGCAUCAGUGCCGUGGAAAUCGAAAUAUCAGGGAAAUGGUUCAAUUAUGGAAUCAUCUUCUUGGUGAUGUUAUUCGAUUUGAAUAUGUGGAAGAAUCAAAUUUUCUACUUGCCGGAACACUUUGGGCAGUAUACGGGCAUACAAAACCGUGUUUUUACGGUGACCAAUCAAACUGUACUGAAUUCACAGGACCCGUAUCUGUGGACUUACGAGGCAAGAUCUCAAAUCAAUCCCGAAACGUUGUUUCCCUACAUUGAUGAGGAUUUGGCCAUGCACUCCCGAUAUUUGGGUUACUCCAUGUGGAUCAAGUCAGUGGCAUUUCUGCCUUGCAUUUUGGGGUUUGCCGUGUUUUUCAUCCUUAUUGCGCUUUAUGGACGAAUUCAAGGGAACGCCAAAAACAACGCCCUGGUUCAAACGCGAGAUGGCGGGUGUUCUCAAGAGAAAACCGAUUUAUAGUGGUAUUCAAAAGUAUCACCAAUAUUACCAUUCGUAUUUAAUAGUAACAUUGCUACGUGUCUAAUAUUUGUCAGUUCUUGAAACGACUUGCAUCUGGUAGUGAGUGCCUUAGGUUGAUUUCUUUAGUCGAAAAAGAUAGCUUCGAAGAUGAUGUGAUAAUUGCUUCCUCCAUGUCUGAAGUAUUAAUGUCCAAUGUCAUGAUGAUUGGUACACUUUUGUAUUUUGAAGAAAAAAAUAUAGGUAACAAGCUUG